AUGCCACCCAGAAAACGACCAAAGCUUUCAUCGCGUGCGACAUCCACCACGCCGCAAGUCGAGGCUACAAAACAACCAUCUUCUGCGCUUAGCGCCACAGACAGCACGCAUAAGUCGGAUACUGAGAGUGAAUUGGUGAACGAUCCUUGGACGGAUGAGCAGGAAACUGCGCUGCUGAAAAGCAUCGUCCGGUGGAAACCCGUUGGUUACGCGCCUGCAGACGAAGAACAUACCCGUAUUCCAGGAAUCUGGAAAAAGCUCACUUCGCUAUAUAACCUCCCUGCGCUGGACGAAAGGGAGGAUUCAAUAAUUACACCAGAGGCAGAGGAUUCAGAAGAGUCGGAAUACUGCCCCUUUGAACUACCAGAAGAUGAAUAUGGUGAAAUGAUGUUUGCAAAGCGACUUGCAGCAGAGCGAUCAGAAUCGCCAGAAACUUCUAUACAGGCCGAGUCUAGGAGGGGUAGCACAGUUGCUGAUACUGAUGAACCGCGCUCAUCUCCGGCACCAUCCCGUGGUCGCCGUGGUAAGCCAACGAGGGUGUCUACCCGCGGUACCCGGUCGACAAGACUACAGACGGAGGUCGAAAAGCCAUCUUCAUCGGCUCCUGCCACCGAAGAUGAACAAAUAGAAGAUGCGGAUGGGAACGAGGGAGACGGUGAGGAUGAGGGGGAUAGUGACGUGGGUGAAGGCGAAGUAGAUAAUGAUGCGGACGAACAAGAUAUGGAAGCUGCAAGCUCUCCGGCGACGAGAAGUACACGAACGCAAACCGCCAAGUCUAAGAAAGACAAGAAGGGCUCGACAGCCACUAGUACAACGACAAGACGCACUGGAAGACGUCGGUGA